UUUGUCACUGCCUUUAGGUCACUUUCCUGGUGUUCCACCCAGUGGCCCCCUCGUGGGUGAGCACUGUUACACCCAGUGUUCCUCUCGUGGGUGAGCAAUGUUCCACCCAGUGUUCCUAUUCUUAUGUGUGAGCACUGUUCCACCCAAGUGUCCCUCUCGUGGGUGAGCACUUUUCCAACCAGUGUUCCUAUUCUCAUGUGUGAGCACUUCCAACCAGUGUUACUCCCCUCUCUCAUUCGUGAGCCGCCCAUGGCAAUGGUGGGCAGGUGUGCAGUGCUCGGAUAUCAGCGCCAACCUUCUAAGAGGUCACAGGUAUUGGCUCCAGCCCUGAACCUUCCACCACAGAAGAGGCAGCCCUCUGAAAUCCUCUCCAGUGUCAGACAUUUCUUUCAGGAUGGUCAAGCAAAUGGGCCCUACCUAGAGCUCGACAAAUUCGAGGCAUUGAGAAUUGUCUACGAGACCCACCAGCUGUCUUGAGCUUCGCCAGCAGAAAUUAAUUCCUCUAACUUGGCCUUCAACAUGGAAGCUGGCUGGGUUAUUCACCUCUCCCCUUCGUAAACGAUGGGCAGAACAGUAUUUGAGAUUAGGUGGACCGUGCCAGCAACUGUUUUAUACUCACUGUUCUAUCUUUGCUGAAAUGUCAUCUCCAAAGAGCUUGACGAGUCCUUCUCUCCCAUGCCAAAGGUGCCGCCCACGUAGGUUGAACAGGAACGUUAACAACGCACUCAGGCUCUGGCUGUCAUUUGCCACUAAGACUAGAGCCUACAAGGCAGGUUCAAAGGCUUUGAAGCCGCAUCAUCAACACCUUCCCAUAACAGCCACGGUACGCUGGGAUAGGUACACGCGCGUUUAUCGGAGUAGAUGACAGUGGCCAUUAUUUGGCCGGAGAAUAGUUUUGCAAUGUUACUCCAAAAUGCCUUCUGCCUCGAAGGCAAUCCUCAUUACCUUGGUCUGCGAUGGCUCUUUAAUAAGGAGCUGCCAGGAUCCUCCCAGGUAAGUGAAGACAGAGAUGGUGUAAAGACAUAGAGCUUCCCUUUCCAUCCUUAUGAACCAAACUUUUCAACAUGGUUACAGAACUGCAUUAACUGUUGUUCACAAAAUCCCACCAAUUUCCUUAUUCAUUUUAAGUUUAUGGCUAGUCUCCUGUAUAUGAAUGGGACCAUGUUCGAUAUGAGUCAUCACUGAACACAUGUUUAAUCCUACUCUUCCUUUGCUACAAAUCUCCACCUUCUGCCAGCAACUAAAACUCUUUUUCCGCAUGCCUGCAUCGUUAUCGCAGGAAGUGCAGCAUCACUUCUAUCAAAUUCCUGGUAUUCCACUGGCAGCCGUUGUCAUAAUUCUCAGUCCGUUUAUAGCCUCAGUGCGGGGUUUUGUUAAAAGUCAUUUUUAGAAAGAUAUUGCACUCAAGAAGUGUUUUUAACAGUCACAACCUGCGCAGCUGUCCCAUGCAGUGUUAAGUAGCAGACCGCAGAGUGCGACGCAGAGCAACCUCAAUCCAAUGCAUUUCCUCUCAUCUGCCGUGCUCGUCGAGGCAGACCAGAGGAUGCACGCCGACAACAUCAACGCCAGGACUGGGGUGACUGUCGGCGUUCUCAGCGUCUUCCUGGUAUUUGGCUUCAUGUUCACUGUCUCUGGGUUCAGGGGGGAAAGCCUCGGGGGUGUCCCACUCAUGGCUCUGGGUCCCAGCAUUUUCCUGCCGUCUCUUGGCAUAAUUACCUUCACCGUCUGGACUAGGGGCUGCAGUAACUGUCCCGUUUCUGUCUUCAAAAAGUCGGAUCGGGGUACGAUCAGGUACGCAGAGCAUCGAUCUUCUGUCGUCUCCGAAGCGGAGGAGAGACAAUAUUCACAAGGGAAGCCAAGUUCGCAUGACGGACCUUACGUGGUCACAGAAAUUGGAGCAGGAUCUCCUGCUGCAUCGCAGACCCCUCCUCGUCCUCCGCCUGCUCGCAGCCACUCGGCUGCAUGUACGGUGGACAUCGACUGGAGCUCCGUGGAGCAGCAGGGCAGCCAGGGCGCCACUGCGCUGGCCGCGAUCUACCGGCCCGUGGCGUGCUGCGGCCCCGCAUCGCGCCGCCUCGCGCGCGUCCUGCCCUGCGAUGUUUGCGCUCACUGCGCAGCGCUCGUGUCAGGCGGCGUCUCCUUGGGCGCGCAGCCCAGCUUCACCUGCGCCGUGCUCAUCGAGCGCUCCACACUGGUGUUGUUCCCCUCGAGGGGGGGCUCUUCUCCUGGAUGCUGUGAAGCGCCGGCAAGUCGCUGCCAUCCUGGAGGAAUGGCGAGCGUCACAACGCAAGUGUGGAAUCGACUGCCCAGCUGCUUUUACUAUAAUUCGUAAUAUAUGUUUGGGUGAGGCCACGGAAAUGAUCUGGCCAAAUAUGUUUCGUAAAACCCUCCACCAUCCAACAUAUCUAUUUUUUUAUUGUCACGAGUACAAGCAUUUAACAAUACAUCGAAUUACUCGUUUCAGCUUACUGACCGGUGAAUUGAACAAUUCACACAACCAAAUGUAGCUCAAUUAGAGCCACCCGAGUGAGUGAACACCAUUUAAUUCCGACUUUACAUAUUACCUAAAGAUCUUUGAUGCAGUUUAAAAUUAUGUUACGUAUCUGAUUGUUGCUAAAUUUAAGUGUGAGAAUUAUUCUUCAACUUUUCCAGUUUGGCACCGGUUCUGGCUGUCUUCCUUCCCGCUUCCAUCUAUCACUCGGCAUUAAGAUUUACAUUGAUCUGCCCAUAUAGGACUCACCACUGUGAUCUCUACAUUGGGUCAAACUUUAUCUCUUAAUGUUCGACGGCUUGUGCACCAGAUCUUA